AAAUAAGUUCAGCAAAGUCGGUUAGGCUUCAAAUGGUUCCGUUUUCAACAUUGACCAAGAAAAAAUUUGUCGAAGUUCUUAAAUCUGUGUGCUACCAAAAUCAGGGGUUUGGUUUUCUUGGAUCGAUCUUUAGGGUUUUGAGCUUAUUAUUAGUAUUAUUAUUAUUUCUUGGUUUAAUUCAAGAAUGGCGAAAGUGAGACAUUCUCGAUUGCAAGCGAAGAAAUGGUCGACAGUAAUGCUUGUGCUGUCGAUGUUGUUUAUGUUAACGGUCGUUUUGUUGAUGCUUUUGGGACUAGGGAUUUUCUCUCUCCCGAUGAGCACCGACGAUUCUCCGCCCAAUGAUCUCACUUCUUAUAGACGCAUGGCUUCUGAAAGAGGAAAAGAGUUGGGGAAGAGAGGUGAGCAGUGGACUGAAGUCCUUUCUUGGGAGCCUAGAGCUUUCAUUUAUCAUAACUUCUUGUCCAAGGAAGAAUGCGAGUACCUAAUAAAUCUUGCUAAACCUCACAUGGCAAAGUCCACUGUUGUUGAUAGCAAAACAGGGCGGAGUAAAGAUAGCAGGGUUCGUACAAGUUCAGGUAUGUUUCUGAGACGAGGGCAAGAUAAAAUCAUUAGGGACAUAGAAAAAAGGAUAGCAGACUACACUUUCAUUCCUGUAGAGCAUGGAGAAGGUCUUCAAGUUCUCCACUAUGAAGUUGGACAGAAAUACGAUGCACACUUUGAUUACUUCCUUGAUGAGUUCAACACUAAAAAUGGAGGCCAGCGGAUGGCUACUAUGCUUAUGUAUUUGUCAGAUGUUGAAGAAGGGGGUGAGACAAUAUUUCCAGCAGCCAAGGGAAAUUUUAGUGCUGUACCUUGGUGGAAUGAAUUGUCUGAAUGUGGUAAACAGGGUCUUUCUGUGAAGCCGAAGAUGGGUGAUGCAUUGCUGUUCUGGAGCAUGAGGCCUGAUGCGACGCUAGAUCCUUCAAGUUUGCAUGGUGGAUGCCCUGUGAUUAUGGGGAACAAAUGGUCCUCUACAAAGUGGAUUCAUGUUGAAGAAUACAAGGUUUAAGCUGCUCUAUAUAGGACGCCAAUUACACAACAUAGUGGUCCACUGCUGCGAAGGUGUGGUUAAUGUUGAUGGAAUUUGAUUGUUGUUGCUGUGUGCCUCUAUCAUUUAACUUUUAACUCAGGUCCAUUAUUCUUUUAUUGGAUUGGUAUUUUGUAUCUUUUGACCUAAUUGCUAGGUUGAGAAGUACCUGUCCUCACAUUUAUUUUUUCCAUUUACCCUGGGAAAUACUAUCGGCAUCCUGCACUAAUGAGAACAUAUGAUGUCAUAGUUUAAUAGAGAUAAAUUAGGAGAUGGGAAGCAGAAUCCAGGUGAUGCAUUGACAGCCUGAAUGUAAAAGUAGCAAAAAUAAUUAUGAAUACAAGUCAUGUUUUACUUCAA